AUGGAAGAUUGUAAUUGUGUUAGUAAUCCAGUUGAAUCUGGCUGUGAGCAGUCAGAAGAUGAGAGUGAUUAUCUCACAAAUGAGCCCUAUCGUGAAGCUGUUGGUAGCUUGAAUUAUCUUCCUUUGUGUACCAGACCAGAUAUUGCAUAUGCAGUGAGUUUAAUGUCACAAGUACUGGACAAGCCAACCAAAAGACACUGGAAAAUGGUGAAGAGGAUCUUCAGAUAUCUGAAAGGGACUAAAGAUAUGAAGUUAAUAUACAGCCGUAAAGUGUCCCAAAGUCUCACUGGAUAUAGUGAUGCAGACUUUGCUGGUGAUAAAGAUUCCAGAAAGUCACACACUGGUGUAGUGUGUUUACACAAUGGAACAGCCAUUUCUUGGAUUAGUCAGAGACAAAAAUGUGUUUCACUCUCAACAACUGAAGCAGAAUUUGUAGCUGCAAGUGAAGGAACAAAUUAA